GGCACAGGGUGUGUGCGCGUCCCGCCGGCUCUGCGCACGCGCCGGGUUUUGGCGGGAGCGGUGGAUGUCCGCCGGCCGUCGAGGAGGAGAGGCGCGAGCGGCCGGUGCCCGCUGAGGAAACAGCGAAUAUAAUAAUAAUAACACUGCAUCAAAACGCUGGAACAAUGUUUGGCCUCUUUGGACUCGUCAUUUUAUCUCAAUUGCAACUUGGCAGUAAUUUCAAACUUGUCUGUUAUUUCACAAAUUGGGCACAGUAUAGAACUGGGAUUGGUCGUUACAUGCCUGAGGAGAUUGACCCUUUUCUGUGCACCCAUCUGGUGUAUGCUUUUGUCAAAAUGGAUACAAAUCAUAAAGUUAUGAAAGUCGAAUGGAAUGAUGAAUCGUUGUACAAAAUAUUUAAUGAUCUGAAACUGAAGAAUACCAAGUUGAAGACACUGCUGGCAAUAGGAGGGGCAACUUUUGGUUCUACACUCUUUAAUAGCAUGGUGUCUACUCUGGCAAAUAGACAAGGAUUUAUCAAUUCUGUGAUUAGUUUUGUGAGGAAGUACCAGUUUGAUGGUUUUGAUCUGGAUUGGGAAUAUCCAGGUUCCGCUGGAAAUCCAACAGAAAAUAAACAGCGUUUCACAGCAUUGGUAAAGGAAAUGAAAGCUGCUUUUGUAAAGGAAGGAAAAACAUCAGGAAAACCUAGAUUACUGAUUACAGCUGCUGUGGCUGCUGCUAAAGGCACCAUUGAUAAUAGUUAUGAAGUGGCUAAAAUUGCUGAACAACUGGACUUUAUACAUGUGAUGUCUUAUGAUUACACCGGUGGCUGGAACACUUUCACUGGACACCAUAGUCCUUUGUUUCGUGGAAGCCAAGAUCGUUUCGACUUUGUGUACUACAAUACAGCGUAUACUGUUAAUUAUUAUCGAACCAAAGGUGCACCCAGAAGUAAGCUGAUAGUUGGAAUUCCAACUUAUGGACGAAGCUUUAAACUUACUACUGGUGAUACAAAGGUUGGUGCUCCAGCAUCUGGUCCUGGACCGAAAGGCGCAAUUACGAAAGCAGAAGGUAUCCUGGCAAAUUAUGAGGUAUGUGACUUUUUGAAAGGAGCAAAAAGAUUUUGGAUUGAAGAUCAGAAGGUUCCGUAUGCAGUCAAGGGAGAUGUAUGGCUGGGCUAUGAUGACAAGGAAAGUGUUAUUGCCAAAAUUAAGUGGACGAAGGAGGAACAUUUUGGAGGAGCUUUAGUGUGGACACUUGAUUUUGAUGAUUUAAACAACCAUUGUAAACAAGGUGUAAGUCCUCUAUUGCAAACGGCGAAGAAUGAGCUGUCAAACAAUUCAGAACAUCAGAAUGGCAAGAGUCCACGAAGUCCACAUUCCUCGGAGACAGGUUUCCUCCAUGCGGUUGUCUUAAUGCUGUGGUGUGGCCUUGUUAUUUUCAAAGUGACGCCUUGACCCAUGUAGGACGUUCUUUGACUUUGACCGCUGUAUUGUAGUCAAAAGGACUUGGAAGGGUUCCUCAAAGCAGGGGAGCAGGUUGGUUUUACGCUUAAAAGCUUUGAUGUGAAUUAAAUCGUCAGGUUCUAGAGUGGCACCUCCUGUUUGCUGGGUCAAUCUGUCUCUCACCUGAGAAUGAAAGCUGGAAAUGCAUUUGGUUAGAGCAAUAAAGUAGCUGAGCAUAUCCUUAUUCAUCUGGUUAAUGUCCAUUUGUUUCACCGUAAAAGGUGCAGAAAAGGGAAAGCGCAGCGACCAGCCCAACAAAACGUCAUGAGAGAGACUGGUCAUUUUAAAACCAAGGGCAGGGCAUCAACACAUUUCAGACCAGUUUCUGCACAUAUUUGUGCAAGUCUGUUCUUGAGCAUUCCAUUAUAUAAUUCAACAUGUCCCACAGACAGAGAGAGGGUGGUAGUUGC